AUGAAUGUGCUAAACAGACCAUAUGCUUACUCUAAGAUGGACAGUGAAGACCCAGAAGAGAGAAAGCAUCGGCGGGCCCAGUUCUUGAUCUACAAAGCUCUCAAAAAAGCCGAUGUUUGCCGGAGAAGACCUUCGUGCCUGAGAGUGAGAAUUUGCAGGCUGAAGAUCAAGAUUGGGAGGAGGUUGAAGAGGCUGCGGGGGAGCGUGUUAUUGUCCAUGUCCAUAGCCAAAGCUCGCCUUCAAAGACAAGUUUCGAGCCGGUUAAAAGCAAUUAAACGCUUGCUUCGCAGUGGAAACGAGACCAUGGCCAGCUUUCCACCUUUGUUCAGUACUUGAAAUUGGCUAGCUCAAUCUAGCUAGCUAGCAAGCUCUUUCUUGUCUUCUGCUUUUCUGUCAAAACAUUCCAAGUGUGAUUUUCCUUUACACCAGCUGCUGUUCUAUAUAUAUAUAUACACACACAUGAUCAAUCUCCAUUUCUUGUCUACUUUGGGGGAAAAAGUGAAACUGGGUUUUCAUUUUACAACUGGUGCUGCUGUUGUAAUGGUUGUUUGGGAUUGUUAAAUUGAUUUGUCCUUCAAUUAUUAGCAGCAAUUUUUGCUAGUUGAGUUGAUUACUGUUGUGUUGAGAGUUUCAAACACAUGUACACAAGGAGAU